UACACUUCUAAAGUUCUUCGUCCAGCAUGUCAACAUAGCCGACUCGAAUCAAAAUUCCACCCAGAUUUUGACAAAAAUUUAAUGUAACGCGCUAGCACUCUUCCGUAUUCGAUUCAAUUUUGCAUUUAAGACGGUUAUUCCGAACAAAGGAAGCCAAAAUGGCAUUCCCUGUACUGAAGAACGACAGACUUUUGCGAGCCGCUCGUGGAGAGGAGGUGGAUAAAAUUCCAGUUUGGGUUAUGCGACAGGCAGGAAGAUAUCUCCCAGAAUUUCGAGAAUUCCGAUCAAAGCACGACUUUUUCACCAUCUGCCAAACCCCUGAGUUGGCUGCCGAAAUAACCCUCCAGCCUAUAAGAAGAUACGAUUUGGAUGCUUCGAUUAUCUUCUCAGACAUCCUUGUCAUUCCACAGGCCCUUGGCAUGGUCGUCGAAAUGAGACCUGGAGUUGGCCCAGUUUUGCCUGAUCCUCUUGUAACUCCAUCAGACUUAAAAAAAUUGGAGCACCCUGUCAAUGUGAACGAGAAACUUGGAUACGUCUUCGAGGCAAUCACACUGACCAGGCACAAAUUGGAAGGAAAAGUGCCUCUCAUUGGAUUCUCCGGUGCUCCAUGGACUCUGAUGGGGUACAUGAUUGAAGGAGGGGGGACGAAGACCAUGUCGAAGGCCAAAGCAUGGUUGUACCGACACCCAGAGGCUAGUAAAGAGCUUUUAGACUUGUUGACUGACGUCAUAGUGGACUAUCUUGUAGGACAAGUUCAAGCUGGAGCUCAACUUUUGCAGUUGUUUGAGUCGAAUGCUGAAUAUUUGGGACCUGAGCUGUUCAAUCAGUUUGCGCUGCCUGCAAUUGCAGCAAUCAACAAAAGGGUCAGGGAGAAAGUGACCCAAUUAAAUUUGGAACAAGUGCCAAUGACUGUUUUUGCCAAGGGAGCUCAUUACGCUCUUGAAGAGCUUUCGAAAUGUGGCUACGACGUCAUCAGUCUAGACUGGACUAUGGAUCCUGAGCUUGCUAGGAAAAGGGUCGGCCCAAACAUAACUCUUCAAGGCAAUUUGGAUCCCUGCGCUCUCUAUGCUCCCAAAGGUAAGCUCGAAGAGGCUGUAAAAGAAAUGGUGGGGAAGUUUGGGAAGAGGCGGUAUAUUGCAAAUUUGGGGCAUGGAAUUUAUCCCGACAUGGAUCCGGAGAGUGUCAAGACUCUGAUUGAUACCAUCCACAGUUUUUAAUUUUGUAAAAUAAUAAUCAGCUUGUUGAUUUUCAUAUAAAGAUUUGCGUUUGAUAUCAUUCAUGAAAAAUUCCAUCGCAAAUAAUGUUAUUGAUUUAAGCAGUGGGAUUGUGUAUUGGUGAUGAAAAGCAGUGAG